AUGGCCGCCUCCGCGCUGCUCAGCUAUGCGCAGCGGCCGCGCCGGGUGCCGCCCGGCGUCUGCCCGCAGGACCGCGGCAGAAGGAGCGGCGAGCCGGCGGCGCCGGUCCCGCUGCCCCGCACCGCGGCCUCGGCGGCAUCGGGCUCGUCCUGCGGGCGGGAGGGGCGCGGACCCGGAAGGGGGGUACGAGGGGCGGGGGCCGGCGAGAGGCACGGACCCCUGCGGGGUGCCCCCAACCCCAGGGACCCAUGGCUCGGGGAGUGGAAGGGCUGGGGGGUUUUGGAGGUUGGGAGCUGCAUCUGCAAAGCCAAGGUGGAAGUUCCCAUUCUCAGUAAAAAACAAGAUGUGUUUGCUUACUUGGCAAAGUACUCUGUGCCCCUGCUGUGAGCAGCUUGGCUGAUCAAGAUGACCUGUGCCUACUACACUGCCAUCUCUGAAGCUGAAGUCAAGAAAUGCCAGGCCACAGACCCAAACCUUGAGUGGACCCAAAUUAUAACCAAAUACCUUUGAGAGCAGCUGGCAAAGGUUGCAGAGUUCUACCAUGUGGCUUCCAGUCAAGGCAGCAGCUCUGUGGUGAUGGCUCAAGAGAUGGAACAAGCCCUGAAGCAGUGGGAAUAUAAUGAAAAAUUGUCACUUUGUAUGUUUCAGGAAGGAAUGCUGGAGAGACAUGAAUAUCUAACCUGGAUACUGGAUGUCCUGGAGAAAAUCAGGCCCACUGACGAUGACCUUCUCAAGCUGUUGUCGCCUCUGAUGUUGCAGUCCUCGGAGGAGGUUGGUCAGUCAGCCUGCCUGUCCUGCCGCCUGCCCUCGCUGCCAGGCAAUAACAAUGCCCCCGGCCUCCUGGCUGCACACCCUCCUCACCUGAUCCUUGGAGCGGGUAACCCUGCCCUGCCAGCCCCCAGCCCCAGCCCUGGCACCGCGGUGAGCCUGGCACAGCUGCCCUGCGCCGGCUUCCUCUCCUGCCCUCAGCACCGCCCGCUGGUGCAUGGACCCAGCUGCGUGCUGCAGACUGUAACUCUCUGUUGCCCAAGUGCCUUGGUGUGGAAUUACUCCACAGAUGAAAACAGGAGCAUCAGCCCAGGCUCACCUCUGGAUUUACUUCAUGUUGCUCCAUCUAAUUUGCCUAUGCCAGGUGGGAACUCAGCGUUUAAUCAGCAGGUUCGGGCUAAGGUUUCUGAAGUAGAGCAGCAGAUCAAACAAAGAGGUCAUGCUGUGGAGGGUGGGUGGUCUUUUGACAAGUGCCUGGAAUCAACUGCAGGACUCACCCUGGGAACCCCAAACAACGAGGCUGUGGCGAUGCUGCUCUGUGAAUGGGCUGUGAGCUGCCAAAGGUCUGGCGAGCACAGGGCCAUGGCUGUAGCCAAGCUGCUGGAGAAGAGGCAGGCAGAAAUUGAAGCAGAAGUAAGAUGUUUCCACUUCUGGAACGCUGAUCCAAACAGUGACCACGAGAAGACAGAGUCUGUGAACUUGGUGCUGCUGUUUGAGUUCUCUCGGCACAACGUUUUCUCCCACGGCGCCUGCAUCUGCACUCUCACAUCCCCUGGGGGCCUGUCCAUCACUGCAGCCUCUAGACCACGUUCACCCAGUGGGGAUGGGGUGGAUGAGCUUCACUCCAAGGACCAGGAUGUGAAACUGGAGGACCAUGGCAUUGUGGAACACCUGGGCAUUGGCUCAGCAGACACCAGUAUGUUUGAUGAUGUAGACAGAAGUGACUUUAAGGCAGAGUUUGGGUCGGGGUUUCCACUAGCAGCUCCUAUUUUCUCUGGGGAGCCCUGUGAGAAUGUGAACUCCUCCUUAGACAGAGGGGUUGCAGUUGCCAGUGAGAAGUCAGUCAAGAGGGAAAGGCUGAGGGAGUUGGUUUUCCCCUCCAAUUAUCACCUCCUGUGCUACUUGCAGUACGCAGUGCAUUUCCCUAUACCUCUGGACGAAUCCUCCAGUCACGAGUGCAACCAGUGCAUGGUCCUGCUGCAUGGCAUGGGGAGGGAGCGUGAUGAAGCCAGACAGAAGAUCACCAAGGACAUCCUCAAGAUUCUGAACAAGAAGAGCACCACUGAGAUGGGUGGUGAGGGCUUUUGGCUGCUGCAGGGUAGCUUGUGAAGGUGCUCAGGGAGCUGUCUGGAGCCAUGCAUGCAGAAGGUAGUUGGGCCUCUGCAGCUGGAGAAGACUUCCAGCAAUGUCCUGCAACAGAUCACAAGCUUUGCCUCAGGAACCUCCUAUCAUCUCCCCUUGGCUCACCACAUCCAGCUCAUCUUCGACCUGAUGGAGCCGGCGCUGAACUUCAACGGGCUGAUAGACUUUGCCAUACAGCUGCUGAACGAACUGAGCGUGGUGGAGGCAGAGCUGCUGCUGAAGUCGUCCAGCCUGGCAGGCAGCUACACCACGGGGCUGUGCGUCUGCAUCGUGGCUGUGCUGCGGUGCUACCUCUCCUGCCUCAUCCUCAGCGCCGAGCAGACCGCCCAGGUCUUCGAAGGGUUGGGCGGUUUUGCUUCGCAGGUUGUGCGGGGUGUGAAGCACAUUGUUAACCCCUCCGAGUGCUCCUCCCCAGAAAGGUGCAUUUUAGCUUACCUCUAUGAUCUCUACGUGUCCUGCAGCCACCUGAGGAGCAAGUUUGGAGACCUCUUCAGGUGGGUGGCAGUGGAAUGGUUCUCACCACAGCUCAGCCUGUCACAGAGUGCUGCAGGCUGCUGUGCUGGCAGUUCCGUUUGCCUUCGGCGGAGAGCACACUGUGGCCUCUGCUGCUUGCCCUUCACUGCUGCAGCUCUCUUGCCCAUGCCAGGGUGGUGGCACAAUGUGUGGUCCUCAGCCCCACGAAUCUGUGAAGGUUCCUUCUGUGGAGGAGCAGGGCUUGAGCCUGCAGUUGGCCAGCUAAGGAGUCCUGCACUCUGCAGGCAUCCAGCAGCUCUGGUUUGCAGAGCAGUGCCUGGCUGCAAGCAACCCUCUCCCUCUGCCAGACACCUUCGGCCUUCCAGCUCCAGCCUGCUGUGGGACCCCACGUUCCUGCUGGAUUUCAUUGGGAACCCUUCUGCUCACAGCCUCAGCUACUCCGUGCUGGGCACCAUCCUGCGCGACAGCGCAGCCAACCGCUACGGCUUCGUCUGCAACGCACUGGUGAGUGUCUGCAUGGGGCACCAGGACGCUGGGUGGCCUCAUGCCCAUGUCCCAUCUUCCACAGCCUGUGAGGAUCCUGAUGCUGAGCCUGGGGCGAGGAUGACCUGCCAGCUGCUCCUGCACCUCUUCAGGACACCCCAGCUCUGCCUCUUUCCCCAGGAAACAGACACAGACACAGACGUGGGCACUGCCCCUGCCAGGAAAAGAGGCAGACAAGAACAAGGAAGCAUGUCCCUCUGGAGUCAGCAACCUUUCCUCUCCCUGGUACUCACUUGCCUCAAGGGACAGGAUGAGCAGCGGGAAGGGCUCCUGACAUCCCUGCAGGACCAGGUGAAUCAGGGACGGUGA